UAACAAUACCGACUGGUCGGCAGUCUAUACACUUCCAUGUGAAAAAGUCAAGAUGGACUGAAUCAGAUUUUUGUUAUGGAACAAAAUUUGUCAAAAUACCUGGUAUAAUUUGAAAUUACCUGACAAUUUCUUUAAUGAAUGGUAAUCAGGAGUAUUAGGACUGGUAAGGUAAUAAACCAUAAACCUCCUGAGUUAAUGGCGGAUCCACCCAAAGCAAUGGACGACGUUUCAACAACAUUCAGGCAUGACAUUAUCAAGGAGGCAUUGAAAACAAAGUUUGCUAACCAAAAAAACAAGAUAAGUGAUGAAGCGGUAGAACUUGUUGCAGAAAUAACUAAAAUAUUGGUCAUUGAAACUGCUGCAAGAGCAAUCAAACAAGCCAAGCUUGAAAACAGAAGUAGAGUAUCACUAGAGCAAGUUGAAACAAUCCUUCCACAACUGAUGUUGGAUUUUCCAUGAUUCAGCUAAACUCACUCCAUAAAAUGUUAUUCUAUGAGGACUGUGUCCCAGAAUGAUUGAGGCAGGUGAUAUUAAAAACAAACUUCAACAACAUCGGUAAUUUUUUAUUAAUCCAACAUUGUUACAAUAAAAAGGUAUAUAUUUACAAUAAACUGACAGUCCUUGUAACAAUUAUGGUGAAUUUUCCAAUUCCAGACAGAAAAGAAAUGUGUGUGAUCCCACUUAUUUAAUAGAAACACAUAAAAACUAGAUGUGUGAGAGCCAUUUAUAUCCUCUUCAUAAAAUUAUAUAACAGUCUAUAAAAUCUAUAACAUGCACUGCUCCUACACACUUUUAUUAUCUUAUAUUUUUGGCACACCCAUUUGGAAGUUAGAGGGAAGGCAGUUAACUUAGCGAAUUCCCCCGAAACUCUUGAAAGGCACCUUUCGAGUAUUCAUUCAUAAGAAGGAUAUACAAAUUUCAGGUUAUCUAUGGAUAUCAUCAUCCAAUUCAAAUUACCUAUUGCUGUUUAUUCAAAAAAUAUUUUCAAUAUUUUGAAUGGAAGAAAUUGAUCAAUGUAUAGUUCUCAUUAUAAUGAUGGUUGAUUGUUUUUUUAUAAUCUUCUUAUUAAUGAACACAAAUCGAAUGACAGACGAUCCUCUCAUCAUAUUUCUCACUCCAUGAAGCCUUUUUGCAUUUUUGUGCCAUACCAGUUAUGUAUUUGCAGAACAAUAAUGGUGACGUUUUUGGUGACUUAACUAUAUUAUAUAAAGAUCAUGAGAAGGCUACUAUUAUUAAAGCAUAUACAGGGUGUUUCAAAAAAACCUGACCCCCUUACUAGGGUAGGUAGAACACUGCAAAAUAAGUUGGGUUUACUCAGUAAAAAAAUUUCGUAACGGCAUCCGUUAAUGAUUUUUUUACACAUUUUUCAAGAUUACCUAUGUCGAAACUACUGGCAACAUUGUGAUGACAUUUUGUAUGGAUGUUUCUUGGAAUCUGACACAUCGCAUGCAUUUGUUUUCAUACCUGACUCUCAUAGAGGGCGCUAGUUACACGGUUCGUACCGAGUAGUUUUGAACAUAACUUUUUUGAGGUUAAAUUUUUCAAUCCAA